UUUUUUUUUUUUUAAAGGGCCUGGAGAAAUGUAAUGAAUCUCAAAAUCAUAUAUGGAGAUAUUGAUGCAAAGACUGAUCAUUCAAGAUUUCAACAUUAUAGUUUUAAGCAUAUUUUCAGGCUAUACAUUUACAAUGUUUACAAACAUUGGAGUAUAACCAGCUUAUAUUUUGGGUUCUGAUGGGGUAUGAAAGUUGAACAAAGCUCAAAGGCAUUUAGAAUCUAUAUUCUUCAAGAAUCAAUGCGUAUCUAUCAUUAAUUUAUAAGUCCAAAAUUGGAUGUAGUAACUACAGAUUUCCCCUUUAAAGCAUGAUUCUUAUGAAAAUGGUCAUGUACAGUAGUUUUCAGGAUAUAGCAGGUAUCUCUAAUUACGAAGAUAAAACAAAGGCAAAUGAUUAAAGCAAUUGUACAUGAGAGGGUGUGCUUUUUUAGCACGGCUGUGCUGCGGUACGAGGCGGAUCCGAGUGCGGUAGAUCAGCGCAGCCGUGUUAAAAAUGUUGUUUCGCACAACCUUGUGUGAACAAUUGCUUUUCUACAACGGGUUACCAAUGAAAUGAAACACUUGAUUUUGAUACAUGUAUUUAUAGGCUAUUAUUUCAUACCUCGAUGAAAAUAUAGGCCUGACACAAAAAUAUAGUCUUGACACAAAGCUACGGUUGCUAGCCAAGCCGGCUGGUCGUUCAUUCGAUAGGUUAGGUUGGCAGAGCCGUGACCCAGUGGUGAAGUCUUUUUGUUCUAUAUCUAUGGACGGUCUAAAUGUUCAUGGUAACGCUCUUCUCCCUUAGCUAGCCAACUACGGCUAACACAGUCACGUCAAACAGUGUUCCCAGAAUAACAGCAAAGUAGCUGUAUUUGCGUUUGUUUAAGCUGUUUUUAUUUACAUUUAUGUGGAUACAUAACAAUAAGCUAAUGAUCUCGUUCGGACACUGUUCGGAGGAGCUAGCAAACUACACAACAACACAGUCACUUCAAACUGAAGUUGGAAAAGCCGCAAGUUAGCUGCAUUUCAUUUAGUUUGAUUCAUGAUUUAGACGGGCUGAGAAAAGAUGUUUGUCUCGUCCUGACACGAUAAUCCUCAUUGGAGAGAUAGAAUUUCAUAUUUUGAAUCAAUGUUGUAAAUGUCGGAGAGACAGACAGCAACGUAUGUACAGUACAAACCCCCGUUGUUGCAAAUCAAAAGUGUCAUUGCGUUUUGGUUAAUUUAUCCAACGUAUGCAUCAAAUUGUACGUGUCGACUUGACAGAAAUAGUAGCAAAAGGUGAAUGUUGAACUUUUAUUGCACACAUAUCCAGUAACUAUUUUGGAAGCACGGGAGAUAAUGUCAAGAUGCUUUUUUUGUGGAAAUCAAGUUCAUGAAUUGCUGGGCUGAUGGGAUAGUGGGUGCGCAGUCAUUUCUCUGAUAGAACAGAAAACAAGAUGCCAAUUUUUGCGUUAUAGGCUUACCCGUGCUAAACGGGUUAUUUGGUAUGGUUUAGACCCUCAACCAAUCACAAAGCUUAGUUGGACCAACCCAUUUUAGACCGUUUAAAAAAAAAAGUAUGGCUUAGAAUGCGUCUCAACCAAUCACAAUGCUUGUUUUGACCAACCUGUUGUAGAAUUGUAACUUUAGAUUUUUUUUUUUUAAAUAAUCAAAUUCAAUAUUAUUUCAUUUUUGUGGUGUAUUUGGAUGACAGAAUCACCACUUAGGACCUAACUGUCAGCUGAUGACUACCACACAUUGAUAGUGAACAGUAGCCUACUCCUAUGAAGACGACAUUGACAGUGUAGAGGACAGACGUGUGUACUUACUUCUACAGGUGCUUCCUGUUCUUGUGAUAGGCAGCACUUGAAACCAAAAUAACAUAACUUUUUUUCUCUCUCUCUCUCUCUCUCUCUCUCUCUCUCUCUCUCUCUCUCUCUCUCUCUCUCUCUCUCUCUCUCUCUCUCUGUCUCCCCCUUUCCCCAUUUCUCUCUUUCUCUCUCCCCCCACCCCUUCUCUCUCUUUCUCUCUCUCUCUCUCUGUAUGUCUCUGUCUCUCUCUCUCUCUCUGUCUUUCUCUUUCCCUCUCUCUAUUUCUCACUCUGACAUACUAAUAACUACUAUUAACUCUGUUUCCACUCUCCUAGCACUGCAUGUCUGCAACCAAUCACAUCUCAGCUAAAGUAUGGUUGGGUUAUUCCAAUGCUCGGUGGCUUUCUUCUUCUCUUUCUGCUUUCUUCUUCUGAGGAUGGAGACAACACGUUCAACAGGGCCAAGCUGAUGAACAUUGGCUAUGCUGAGGCCCUGAAGGAGUAUGACUACGACUGCUUUGUGUUCAGUGACGUGGACCUCAUCCCCAUGGAUGACCGCAACACCUACAAAUGCUUCCGCCAGCCCAGACACCUGUCUGUCUCCAUGGACAAGUUUGGCUUCAAGUUGCCCUAUAACCAGUACUUUGGCGGUGUCUCAGCGUUAAGUAAGGAGCAGUUCCUGGAAAUCAAUGGCUUUCCCAACAACUACUGGGGUUGGGGUGGUGAAGAUGAUGACAUUUUCAACAGGGUGAGCUCUAGAGGAAUGUCAAUCUCUCGUCCAGAUAGCGAGGUUGGAAAAUGCCGGAUGAUCCGUCACGAAAGAGACAAACUGAACGACCCAAAUCCUCAGAGGUUUGACAGAAUACAACGCACAAGACUGACGAUGAAUACCGAUGGUAUAAACUCUCUCAAGUACGAAGUCGUCAAAGUGGAAAAGGAUCCUCUGUUCACGAAAAUCACAGUAGAUGUGGGGAAACCUUAGUGAAAGUGGAUAAAUGUGAGGAGUUAUUUUGCACAUCACUUAUCACACGGUUGGGGGCAAAGAAAGCACGGCGGAACCAUGGAAUACAAUACCAAGAAUACUCUGAAUUCUCCGGGAACACGGGCAUUUAUUGUGGAAACAAAUGGACAGCACUUGGAUGAAUGGGAUGGCACAACAAGACCUUAUAAAUAUCAGAGUGGAUCAAAAUGUUUGGUCAACAUGUUUGACUUCUAAUAGCAGUACAAAAGGGGAGGGGCGUGGGACGAAUAAGUUAUUUUGUACAUCAUUUGUAAUGAGUUGCCUUUGUGUAAUUCAGUAAGGGACAACUACUUGAUUUAAAUGCGUAUAUCAGUUGAAUAAAUAUGUAUAUAGUUAAUACAAAUUUUAUACAUUUGUUUCUUUCUUCUUGUAUUUUUGGCAGAGAUAUUUGAGAUGAUUAUGGUUUCAUAUAUUUUGCAGAAAUGUUUCCCAUGUUUGAAACUGUGUGAAAGGUCUUAAUCCCGAUCUACAGCAACUGUUGGUUUGGUUACUUAUACAUGUUUCCCCAAAACAUCAGUUGAUACACACUUGUUUGCUGUAUUCUGUCCAUUCACUACUGUGACAUGAUCACUUCCAUGCUUCUUUACAUUCAAAACCUAUUCAGUACCUGUUACAUGAACGAUCACUUCCAUGCUUCUUUACAUUCAAAACCUAUUCAGUACCUGUUACAUGAACGAUCACUUCCAUGCUUCUUUACAUUCAAAACCUAUUCAGUACCUGUUACAUGAAUGAUCACUUCCUUGUUUAUGCCCUGAGGAUACAAAUCAGCCAGGAACAAACAUACGACCUACCAUCGCGAUGGUGUAGUAUGUAGGUAUGAUCAGUCUCAGUCCCCGCCCACUUGGCUUAUCUUAAACGUGUGGAAAUACAGGUGUGGUGGACUCAACCUGUCACUGUUUCAUGUGACUGAAAGUAAAAGCCUAAUGUCUGGUGUUCAGUCAUUGGAAUAGAACAGGGAGAAGUUAUUAAGUAAAAUAAAAAGUUUUACAUUUGAAUUAUUCA